AUGGAUAACAAAGACUCAGAAGCUGAGAUCCACCCUCUGAAGACUGAGGAUGCAAAAGCUCAGGAGAACCAUGAGAACUCUGUGGAGAGAAGAAUUAUCAUCAAGCAGUCACCACGGCUGUCCCGGCUGUCCCGGUGGCGCACAGCUGCCUUCUUCGUCUCCUUGUUCCUGUGUCUGAUCAUCGUCUUUGCCUUCUCCUUCAUCAUCCCUUGCCCAGAGAGGCCAGUUUCAGAGAGAACCUGGUUCCAAAACUACGACAGUGCAGGGGCCUACCAGUUUCUUGCUAUAGAAGACGUGAAUGAAGACAAAGUGCAAGAUGUCAUCUUCGCUUUCAAAGCUGGCAACGGCAGUGGCAGCUUUAACAGAUCCUGUCUGGAUGAAGGUCUGCCUUCUCCAUGUGCCUUCCUGGCUGCUGUGUCUGGCACCAAUGGCAGAGUGCUGUGGGAGAGGCCUGCUGCUGAGGACGUGGAGUGGCUGCAGUGUGGCAACCAGCAGCUCGGCGGGGCUGGGGCUUGCCUGGUUGUGGGGAAGCCAACAUCUCUCACGGCAGUCAGUCUGCAGACAGGGGAAGUUCAGUGGAGGCAGUCCAGUGACUUUGGAGCUAAUUACACUGUGCUGACUCCUGUGUCAGUGAUUCCAGAUGUGGAUAGUGAUGGAGUUCAGGACCUGAUCAUCUUCAUCACUACAGGAGAUAAGAUUAAGACCUUCAUCCAUUCAGGAAAAACUGGCAAACAGAUUGGCUCCCCUGGCAGCCUGGAUGUGGAUGGCCAAGCUCACUAUGUGAGGCUGGACCUGGUUUCCUCCUCAUACUUCCUUUUCUAUACAGAGAACUCUCUCUAUGCAUAUUCCCUGAAAGAUCUCUACAGUGCAGCAACUGGGAUGGAAAUGAAGCUUCCUGGCCUUGAGCAAGAUCCUCAGUGGGAGAAGAACAUUGACCAUGCCACACACCGCUUCUCCCUUCUCAGCUCUGCAGACAUUCGUUACCUGACAAAGAUCCCUGGGCAGACACAGGAGAACAUCUUGGUUGUGAGCUCGGAGAUGGCCACACUGAUCAGCACACGCAGCCUCCAGAGUGUGUGGAGCCUCAACGUGUCCCACGUUGUGAGGGAGCCGCUGCUUGGUUACUUCAAACCUGAUGUUCUUGGUAUUGUCCUUGAGAGUGAAAUCAGCCCCAACAGGAAGAAGGUUAUGAUUGUUGAGAGUGGCUCUGGUGCAGUCCAGUGGGACCUGAAGCUGAACUCGAGAGCAGAGAGCCCUGGGCCAGCCACACUUUCUACUGCUGAUCACCGGUCUGCCUUCCUCAUCUGGGGUGAAUACCAGGCACCAGGGAACGAAACGAGAUCCAGAGCUCCUCUCCAGAAGCUGUAUCUUUUCCAUCCUUCCUACACGAAUGUCCUGUUGGAGCUCCGCAAUAGCACAGAGCAAGUGAUUGCCUUUGAAGCUGCACUCUUCGAGCGGAGCCGCCAUGCCUGCUACGUGCUGCUGAGGGGCCCUCAGGCCAGCGAGGAGCCGGGGCCUGUGUCUCUGAUGAAGAGGAAGCUGAAGGAGGAUGUCUCUGAGAGCAGGGUGAUCUGGCUGAACCAGGUGGCUGUGGACAGCGAGCAGUACGUCCGGGACCGCCUCUACAGGAUGCGAUUCCAGAGCCGAGCCUGAGCCUGCCAAGGAAUGGGGAGAGGCCACCCUGGGCCGGGCAUCUCCAGGCUGCCUCUCCCCUGCCAGCCCAGCUCACGGAGUCAAGCUGCCUUUCUCCAUCCACAAACCAAAGCAUGGCUGGCAGGGAAACACCUCCAGUGUCUGGGGAUGC